UCAUGGCUGUCCCCGGCUAAGACACAGGCAGAUGCACAGAGAAGAGAAACACAACAAGGACAUCUCCACACACCAGGGGAUCUAACCACAGCCUUAUUGUGUACCUGUCUGAAAACGUUCAGAGCAGUCACUCUGGAGCCAAGAUGAAGACCGUGGAACACAUUUUGGUCUUUCUACUGGUUUUGGUCCCCUCAAUUAACGGCAUGCAGGCAGCACCUCGGAUCACCACAUUAUUAGAGACAGUGGAUGUUCUACCGGAUCACAAUGCCACCUUCAUCUGUGAGGUUGAGUCACGCCCUCCUGCUGAGAUCACCUGGACCAAGAAUAACCACCAAAUUAUGUACUAUGACACACGGUACCUUACCAAGGAGCAGGGUCAAAUGCUAAUCAUCCCAAAUGCAAGAGAGUCAGACAAUGGAGAGUACUGCUGCCUUGCCAGUAAUGGCAUUGGACAACCUGCUAAAAGCUGUGGAGCACUUCAGCUAAAGAUGAAGCCACAGAUCAAACGGCACCCCAGCAAUGUAACAAAACUGGUAGAAUCCAAAGUAGUGUUGGCAUGUGCUACCCUUGGCCACCCCAAACCAGAUGUAACCUGGCUCAAAGAUGAUGAGCUUAUCAAGGUCAGUGACCGUGUUACUAUUCUCGACUAUGGGGCAUUGAAAAUUAAUAACAUACAGAAAGAGGAUGCAGGACAGUACCGCUGUGUGGCCAGGAAUAGCUUUGGUUUGGCCUUUUCAAAGCUUGUCACCAUAGAAGUACAAGUUCCAGCUCAAAUCUUGCGGGUUCCAAAGGACAAACGAGUAGCGUAUGGUAGCCAGAUUUCCCUAGAAUGUAAUGCCACUGGAAACCCAGUCCCCACCAUUACCUGGCUGGAAAAUGGGAAUACUAUCUCAGGAGCCUCAGUAGAAGAGACUCUGGCAGGAGAGGUGAUACUCUCUGUUCUCAAAGUGACAGUGACCAAGCCAGCCCUGUAUACCUGUCUGGCUUCCAACAGACACAACGCUGGAGCAAUCACUGUCAAAGCAACUGCAAAAGUUACUGUUACAGAGUGGAGACUUUAUAAAGGUGUCGCAGGCUACUGCAGUGCAUAUCGUGGAGAUGCUUGUCGCACAAUAUUGCACGAUGAUUCGCUGGUUUUCUUCAACUCCUCCUUCUCGAACCCUGAGGACGUGCUGGAGUACUUUGUUCAGAGCUGGUGGGCGGAGGUAGAAGGGCUCAGCGGGCUGUGCAGCCCUGCAGUGCGCUCGUUGCUCUGCCACUCCUCCUUCCCUGACUGCAACCCAUCAGGUUUAGGACCUGCACCAAAACCUGUCUGCAGAGAACACUGUCUGGCAGUGAAGGAGCUGUACUGCCAUAAGGAAUGGUUGGUAAUAGAAGGCAGCUUUUCAGUCCAGUCUGGGCUCUUCAGCUCUGUCACUGGGUCCCAAGCUCCCAUUUCACUGCUGCCAAACUGUCAGGCCUUACCCAGUCUUCUUGCAGACUCUGAUGGAUGUACAUAUGUUCCUUUUGCAGAUAUCAAGAAAGAUCUAAUAACAACAACAUGUUACAGUGACAGAGGUCAUUUCUACCAGGGCAGCGUGAAUGUGACAAGGUCUGGGAUACCGUGCCAGCCAUGGAACCAACAGGUUCCCCACCAGCACCGCCUGUCAGUGGAUGUCAUUCCAGAGUUGAAGAAUUCAGACAACCAUUGCAGGAACCCAGGAGGAAUCAGUGACAAGCCCUGGUGUUAUACCUUAAAUCCACACAUACGCUGGGAGUACUGUGCUGUGCCACAGUGUGGGGAAACAGGCUUAGCAUCAGUUGUGAAGCCAGAGUCAACAGGCCCUCAUCAGACUCCUCGUUUCCCUCCCACGACCACAUUAUCACCGGCUUUCUCAAUGUCUGUCAUCGUUGUUGUUCUGACCGCCCUUGCCACUGCAGUCUUCCUCGCCAUUAUCAUUCUUGCCUGCUACAGACGGAAGAAGCAGUGGAGGAAUCGAAAGAGAAGAGUACUGGAGACCCCGACAUUGAGCACUCUACCGUCAGAGCUCUUGCUUGAUCGACUCCACCCCAACCCCAUGUACCAGCGUGUUCCCCUGCUGCUGAACUCAAAACUGCUGGCCCUUGAGUAUCCCCGAAAUAAUAUCCAAUAUGUUCGAGACAUUGGGGAAGGAGCCUUUGGACGGGUUUUCCAAGCCAGAGCACCAGGCCUGCUGCCAGUGGAGUCUUUCACAAUGGUUGCAGUGAAGAUGCUGAAGGAGGAAGCCUCUGCUGACAUGCAGAAUGACUUCCAGAGAGAGGCAGCACUCAUGGCCGAAUUUGAUCAUCCAAACAUAGUUCGACUCUUAGGUGUGUGCGCAGUGGGUAAACCAAUGUGUCUGAUGUUUGAGUACAUGGCCCACGGUGACCUCAAUGAGUUCCUGCGUCGCAGAUCUCCAACCCAGUCAGUGCGCACCCUCAGCCACGCCAGCUUGUCGGGUCGCAGUUUCUCCUCUGAGCUGGAGGCCGGACCUCUCUCCUGUGUAGAGCAGUUAUCCAUUUCCAAGCAGAUCGCUGCAGGAAUGGCCUACCUGUCAGAGCGCAAGUUUGUCCAUCGUGACCUAGCGACACGGAACUGCCUGGUUGGAGAGGAAAUGGUGGUAAAGAUCGCGGACUUUGGCCUCUCCAGAAACAUCUACUCAGCUGAUUACUACAAAGCCAAUGAAAAUGAUGCCAUCCCCAUUCGCUGGAUGCCCCCUGAGUCAAUAUUCUACAAUCGUUAUACUACAGAGUCAGAUGUGUGGGCCUAUGGUGUGGUGCUAUGGGAGAUCUUCUCCCAUGGGAUGCAGCCGUAUUAUGGCAUGGGUCAUGAGGAGGUUAUUUACUAUGUGAGGGAUGGUCACAUCCUUUCCUGUCCUGAGAACUGUCCUUUGGAGCUGUAUAAUCUGAUGAGGCUCUGUUGGAGCACACAUCCAUCCGAUAGGCCGAGCUUCAGUAGCAUUCAUCGGAUACUGGAGCGCAUGCAUCAAAACAGACUAAGCAUCAAUGCUGACACUGAAGUUGACUGUUAACUUUAACAAAAAUGUUUCCUCCCUGUGUAAAAGGCAUUGAUUUGCUGGCUUGAUGAUUUAAUGAAUACUUAGUCUGAACCCAAAGAUACAGUGCUGUGAAAAAAAUAUUUGUCCCCUUCCAGAUUGUUUUGCAUGUUUGUCACAUUUACAUGUGUGUGACAAAGAUGCAAAAAAGAAAAAAAUAAAUAAAUAAAUAAAUAAAUAGAAAGACGCCAAGAAGGGGAGCACUGUAUCUUGCAUGCUCAGUCAUUUCAUUUUUGGAAUUUGUCUCUUCAGAAGGCCCAGUAUGGUCAUAUUUUGGUAAUUUGCAUGUUGCUACUUCAGAGGUCAGGACAUCAGUUUCUGACCGUUUACCAGGAGCUGUCCAUCAAACAGGUCUGCUUUAAUUUUAAAAACCUAUGAAUGGACUCGCUCCAGACCCAGAGCCUUUGAACUACGUGGAACCUAAAAAUACAGAUAUUUCAUAGACAUUGGAUUUUUUUUCUUUUUUUGCUAUAAACUUGAUGAAAAUUUCGUAAAUGCUCUGAUUGGGGUCAGUGUGACCUUGCUGUUUAUUGGUCACAGAGAGAAUCAACAUGUGAAAAGCUAUUUCUUUGACAGUGUUAUUGUAAGGGAUUGAUUAUAUAUUAAUUACAACAUGACAUUUCCCUUUAAGUCAGCUCUAGCUUAUUCCACAGUGGCACACAAUCACUUUAAAUCACUGAUUGUUUUGUAGUCAAGUUGGUAUUCCACUUUGGGGCAUUCUUUUUUAUUUUUGUUUCCUUUUUUAAUGUUAUAAAUUUUAGCUGUUUGUUGUUGAUAAUUUCUUUAACAUAUAAGCAAAUUAUAGCAGGUAUAAGUUAAUACUUUUUUCUGGCUUGCAUUAUUAUUUCUCAUAAAGUUCCUCACUGAAGCACAAAAACACAUAUAAGAGCAUUGUUAACCUGAGUCAUUCUCCUGCCUUAAAUAGACAGUAAGUCAGUGACAAAUUGCCAAAAUGUCUUCAUUCUAAGUAUAAAUCUAGGAUGGGAGCUCAUAAAAAAGAAAUCAUGUGUAGUGCUUUUAUUUUGAACCUUUUUUUUUUUAUUCCAUUUGGGUUAUAUUGUUUGAAAGUAUGAUUUAAAAAAAAACUAUGGUAUUCAUA